GCGCGGUCGGAAAAUGAUAUCCCGCGUUCCAAUGGGGGAAGUGGAGGGUCUUGCUUGAUCCCGGAUGCCGUCGGAGGUGGCUGAGCUAAACUGAGAAGCCGCCGCUUCGGCUCAGAGAGGCCGCGCGGGGACCUUGCCGGCUUCCCGGAAAGGGGCUUCCUGCUGCGGCGGCACCACAACCACCACCGCCAGGCGCGCGGGAAGGCAAAAGGUUCCGGUGAGCACGGCAGCCGUGCCGCCAGCCCUGAAUUAGCAGUGUGCUCGGGAGCCCUCGCCAUGAGCAAGCCUCAGGCAGCGAUGGCAUUCGCUACUCCAGCAGCACCGCCCCUCGCCUCCUUGUCCUCCAAGCGGUUGCUGUCCUCUCUCCUUGGCAUCUGAGGCAGCUCCCAAUGCGAGUCCUGCGCUGCAUGAGGUCUGCUUAAUAUCUCCGUUUUACCUCCCUGCCUCUAGAUCCCCUGAAAAUCGGACACACAGCCGAGCAACAUCCAGGCUGCGCGUGUAUUUUUGAUUUUGUUGAAUGAACUGCUUGCAUUUACAGACUUUCACAGGUAGGGUGGGUAUUUGUUAACGCGUUUCAAAGAGAGGUUCUUUCGUGGACAUUCCAUUUCCUGCGGAUUGGGGUUGGCUCUAACCCCCUUUAUUUUUGCAAGGGGCUUUUGGAAAUCAUGGGACUCCCUGCCUUGGAAUUUAGCGAUUGCUGUUUGGAUAGCCCUCAGUUCAGAGAGAGGCUGAAGUCUCAUGAAGCUGAGCUGGACAAGACCAACAAGUUCAUCAAGGAACUCAUCAAAGAUGGGAAGUCGCUUGUCACGGCCCUGAAGAAUCUGUCUUCAGCAAAGCGGAAGUUUGCAGAUUCCUUGAAUGAUUUCAAAUUUCGAUGUAUAGGCGAUGCAGAGACAGAUGAUGAAAUAUGUAUAGCCAAAUCACUGCAGGAAUUUGCUGCCGUUCUUCGAAACCUGGAAGAUGAGCGCAUGCGCAUGAUUGAGAAUGCAAGUGAAGUCCUUAUCACUCCCCUAGAGAAGUUCCGUAAGGAGCAAAUUGGUGCUGCUAAGGAAGCCAAGAAGAAGUAUGACAAGGAGACAGAGAAAUACUGUGCUGUGUUAGAAAAGCACUUAAACCUGUCUUCCAAGAAGAAGGAAUCCCUGCUUCAAGAGGCAGACAUCCAAGUGGACCUGGUUCGACAGCACUUCUAUGAAGUCUCUCUUGAGUAUGUCUUCAAAGUACAAGAAGUUCAGGAAAGGAAGAUGUUUGAGUUUGUCGAGCCGCUGCUGGCAUUUCUGCAGGGACUCUUCACAUUCUACCAUCAUGGCUAUGAGCUUGCGAAGGAUUUCAGCGAUUUCAAGACAGAGCUGACAAUCAGCAUACAAAAUACAAGAAACCGGUUUGAAGGCACAAGAUCAGAGGUUGAGUCCUUGAUGCGGAAAAUGAAGGAGAAUCCCCAUGAGCACAAGAACAUCAGUCCUUACACUAUGGAGGGCUACCUCUAUGUCCAAGAAAAGCGACAUUUUGGGACGUCCUGGGUAAAGCAUUACUGCACGUAUCAGAGUGACUCUAAACAAAUCAUUAUGGUGCCAUUUGACCAGAAGUCUGGUGGAAAGGGGGGAGAAGAUGAAACCAUCACCCUCAAAUCCUGCACACGUAGGAAAACUGAUUCCAUAGAGAAGAGAUUUUGCUUUGAUGUAGAAGCUGUGGAUCGGCCUGGAGUGAUCACAAUGCAGGCACUUUCUGAAGAAGACCGAAGGCUGUGGAUGGAGGCAAUGGAUGGCCGGGAACCAGUAUAUAAUUCAAACAAAGACAACCAAACUGAAGGCAGCAGCUGGAAACCCAGUACCUUUCAUGCUGCCCAGUUGGAUAAUGUAGGCUUCAGCAUUGUCAAGAAAUGCAUCCAUGCUGUUGAAACAAGAGGAAUCAAUGAGCAAGGACUCUUCAGAGUGGUUGGUGUGAACUCCAGAGUUCAGAAGCUGCUGAGUAUCUUAAUGGAUCCCAAAACUGCUGAAACAGAAGAUGAAAUUUCUGCAGAAUGGGAGAUUAAAACAAUCACAAGUGCUCUGAAAACAUACUUGAGAAUGCUUCCUGGGCCACUCAUGAUGUAUCAGUUUCAAAGAAGCUUCAUCAAAGCAGCAAAACUGGAGAAUCAAGAAUCCAGAAUCGCAGAGAUACACAGCUUAGUACACAGACUCCCUGAGAAAAACAGACAGAUGCUGCAUUUGCUUAUGAAUCACUUGGCAAAUGUUGCUAAGAAUCACAAACAGAAUCUAAUGACUGUCGCAAACCUGGGGGUUGUUUUUGGACCAACGUUAAUGCGGCCACAAGAAGAAACAGUUGCUGCAAUUAUGGACAUCAAAUUCCAAAACAUUGUGGUUGAGAUCUUAAUAGAAAAUCAUGAAAAGAUAUUUAACACAGUUCCAGAUACGCCUCAGUCAAAUUCACAACUGCUUUUGUCUCGAAAGAGGAGCACAGAUUCAAAGCCACCAUCAUGCAGUGAGAGGCCCUUAACGCUCUUCCAUACUGUGCAGCCUAGUGAAAAGCAAGAGAACAGGAACAGUAUCAUCAACUUGAGCCUGGAAUCGGUCAUACCGCCAAACAUCAACAGUUGUUUCCUCCACUCCAACAGCACUCCUCAAUCUAAUAUGAACUCAAGUGACCCCGACUUAGAAGUUAUUAAACCCAGCAGGCCAAACUCACUAGUUCCCCCUGCUCCAGCUGAGACUUCGGAAGAUGCACCUACAUCAAAUCAACCAUCUGUGGAAGAUGGCAGCGUUGACAAGUGGUGUUGAUCUCAACUACUUUUGAAGUGGACUGGCUGGGAAUUGUACUAUGUCCAUGAGAAUACUAUAUGUCACACCCAGAGAAUCUGCAAAACAUGCACAAAAUAGUACAUUUUCCUAGUGAAUCUUUCUGGGUGGUGUGUGUGGGGGUCAUUUUAGAGAGUCACUUUAAGGGGUGUGUGUGAGUGUGAAUGUGCAUAUUAGUUCAUAGCAAGGCAAUACAUUUAUUUGGCCAGUCAAUAAAGUUGUUGUGAGGUGUGUGUGUGCUUCUGUCUACCUCUAGUACAAGAGGCAGUAUGCUUAUGUAAACUAGGGAACAUGAGUGGAAGAGUUUUUUGUACACAUGUCUUACUUACGAGUUUCCCAUGGGCAGCUGGCUACUUUGUGAACAGAAUGCUGGAUUAGGUAGGUCCUUGGUCUGACCCAGCAUAGCUCCUUAUGUUCUAAGAGAUAUAUUCUGUUCCCCACCUUCAUCUCAAAAGUACUAGAGUCUGGAUUUUUAGGUAUAAAUCUCUGCUUUGUAUCCUGUGCUUUGAUUACAUGAACAUUUGCUUGCAGAAGGGAGGUCAAAAAGCCAAGACGGUUUCCUUUACUGUUUCUAUUUGCUUCAUAGCCACUUUAUAUAUAUCUUUGUAGAAUUUGAGUGGCUGAGUUGAGUUGAGUGGCUGUUAACAGAGGAACCUAUAUAUAGUUUUCAAGGAUUUUCUUACUGAUUUUGCUCAGAACAUACUUAUAGCAAAGUAUAUUUUCUUUCCUUCCCAAGCAUUUCACAUAGUAAUUCAGUGACAAGGGUCAAGAAAAUGGAAAAGGAGAUAGAAACGUUUAUCAGUAGCAUAAUGAGCACUCAGGAACGUCAGCUCUGGGCUGAAGUGUAGAUAUGGUAUAGAUGUUAAAUGGCAUAGUGCCACCAAAAAUAAGGAAGAAGAAGGGACAUUUCAACUUUAAAAACUCCUAAUGUGCAGCUCUAGUCUUUGCUCUCUCUUCCAAAAUGCAGUCCAGUUUGUACAUACUCAGAUCCACUGAAAACAGUGGAACAAGCAGUGUGCAGGUAGGAUUGCACCAGCCAGGGCUGUGGAUUUGUUAAAUAACAACUUUGACCCUAACUCCUUUAUUUGGAUAUCAGUAUAGGAAAUAAAUAUGCUAAUAGUUUAUUUCCUAUAUUGAUAGAAAGUAAUUAAGUUAAAAAAACACUGCAAGUGUCUUUUUAAAAGUGAUGCUCUUGUAGGUGCAUUUUUAUCAGAACCAUAAUCUUCAUUUUGUAUAAUACAUGGACAAUCAUAAUAUUUCACAUCUGUUGUAAAGUGUUCAAAGACAGCUAACUUUGUUGAGACUUUUUUGCCCAUGGGGCUUCACUUUCACUAAUAUAUGAAAUUAAAAUAUAUCCUGAAAAUGUAACGUGAAAAGUAGGUUAAUUACAUUUUUAUUUGUGAAAUAGGAAAUUUUAGCCUAUAUUUAUAUUACAAUUUAAAUUUGAGUCAGUACAUUUUUACUGGCUUCAACUCCAGUAACCCAAGAGUUGCUUCCAGGUCCAACUCCACAACUACAGCUCUGGCACCAACACUAGUGAAUCUCUCUGCAAAAGAUCAAAGUUUAUCAGAGGUGAAGAGGUACCAAAGUUGAUCUCAAAAGCUGUUAGUUCUUAUUUGCUUGUUUAAUAUAUUUAUAUAUCAAAUAAAGGAAUUUACUGAAGCAGCAUACAGUACAAAAACACAAAGAAUAAUGUUAAAUGGAAAAUAUCAGUACAUGUUCUCAUAUCAAAAAGAAUUACCACCACCACACAUUGAUAAAAAAAUAAGAUGAAAAUACUUUUUUGGGGGUGCGGGCAAGCACCAGCAUUCAGUCUCAUUCUAUCAGCCCUCCUCUGGCCUAUUACUAUUCAGUCCGUUAUCCCGGCAUGAAGGGCUUACUUCAGAUGUCAAAGAAAUACAGUUGGGUGUCAUCAACAUAUGAUGAUACCACACUCCAUAACCCCUAAUGACCAUUUCUAACAGCUCAUGUUCAAGUCAAUUCGGGAUACCAUGGUAACCAAAUCCAGUGAAAGAUUGAGCAAGGGUUACAUAGUCUCAUUCUUCAUUUCCCAUUAAAGUUCAUCUGGUAGGGUGACCAAGGCUUGUUUCAACCCGAAGCCAGGCCCAAACCUAGACUGAACUGGGUCUAGAUAAUCGGUCUCAUCCAUCCAAGAAUGUUUGUACUUACAAGAGUUAAGAUCAGAAUGACUACAAUUACCAGGCCACUUAAGAAUAAGUAGUUUGAUUUAUCUGGGAUGUUUGUGGAAGGAACACUUUAUAACAAAGGCAUGUAUGGAAUGUAAAAUUAUUUGUGGGAUUUGUUUGUUUCCUAGUUUAAUAGUAAAUCCAUACAAAUACUUUCUUAUUACACUGAUAGCAAUGUUAAAUUAAUAACAGAAGUUACAAAUGGCUGAAGGCUUUAUUUGAGAAGUAAAAAAGAAGCAAAGCCUUAAAAUGCUAGGGAAAAAAUAGAUUGGGUUGGAUGAAGAUUUAGCAAAAUUAAGCAGUAGAUCUUCUGCAACUUAGGCACCAGUCAGUCUCAUUGAUUUCAUUGGGUCUCCUUUUAGUAUGACUGAGCCCAGAAACUAUUUUAGAGAAUGGUAAAAUAACCUUAUAAAAUAGUGAAAUGGUAGAUAUAUUUCAAUCACGAGCUUCUUCGAAGACAGUGACAUAACAAUAUUUAUAUCAAUAAAUAGCCACAAUACAGAUUAUUAUAUACAUAGUCACUAGAUAAAUCAACAGUGUCUUCUAACAUAUUUGUUGUGGGAUAAUCUUUUGUGGACUGCAGUUCAUAAGAUGUAGAAAGUGUUUUCCAGUGAAUUCCAGGGAAUGAUAUGCAUGUACACAGAAACAGAGAGCUGACUGGGGAAGGAAGGGAAUAUAAGUAGGGAGAUCAGUGGGAAAUGAACACAGUAAGUUCAAAGAGUGUUAAUUAUCUGAUAAGGUGUGUUGUAUUGGCUUUCCUACUUUCUGGCACUGAAGUAGUUUAUGCAAUGGAAUUGUAAAUAGAUACUCUGAAUUUUAACAGCCAUCUGAGAAGGGAGGGAAAGAGGAGGGGAGAAAAACAGUAUAAUCUGAAUGUCUUCCAUUUUGAGUCCUGGGCAGUAACUGGAAAACCAUUUUGGAAAGCAAGGGAGACAGCAUAGAAGACGUGAUGGAUGAACAGGGGAUUGUUCAUUACAGAUGUAUUAGCUGCUAAUUAGGGCUUUUCUUGCAUAGAAAAGACUGCAUAACCCAUUCCCUGGGAAUACAGUGGCACUGAAAGCAAUUUGAAACUCCUACAUAUUUGUAGAGUUGAAAGAUGGAGAUCCAGAAGUACUUCAUGAGAGUUUGCUGGGUGGUCCCUUGGGUUUUCCUUAUUGGACAGUAUUUCUGCCUAACCUUUGUUUUAGACUCUUAAGAAUAACAGAAGAUUACAUUUCAAAGCGUUUCUUUGCUUAUCAUGCAACAGUAACAACAGAAGAGUUAAUAGCUCUCCUGGUGCUAAGUACAAAAGUCAUAUCCUGAUGUUUUACUACCACCCAAAAGAAAAAGUAAUAUGUAAAGGGGAUAUGUAGCUUUCAGUGGAUUAUAUACAGUUUUGAGUGAACAAUGCCAUGAAAACAUGACAAAUUUCAGCAGUUUUUGUAUGAAGUUACUUAAAACUCUUCUCUAUGAAAAAUAGUUUUUAAUGGUCUAUAAAACAGAUUGGCCUAUUUAGAGAUUUGUCAGGAAUGCAAAUCAUCCAAAGAUUCUCUUCCCAUGCCCCCUUUUUUCUUCUCUCUGGAGAGUAGUAGUCUCUUUAGCUCUUUAGAUAUGUUUUCAGAAUUCAAGUGAAAAUGAGUGCAAGAUAACAAACUGGGGUUUUUUUAACGGUGAUUUUUAUUUUCAACAGUUUGACAGUUUGCAAGAGAGAUAAAAUGGUAAAGGACAAUUGAAGGAGUGACUCUUCAUCUUGAUUCUGUGAUUGUUACCUUAUGUAGGCAUGAAAGAACCAUCUCUUUUCCUGAAAAGAGAAGCGGGGGGGGGGGGGAGUGGAGAAAAAUGAGAGAUUAUAAACAAUUUCUAAACAAUUUACCUUUGGAUUUUUCAGUCAGAGUUUUACAAGAAUUGAUAACUUAAGAAUAGGCAUAGCUGAAUUACACUGAUGUUUGUGCCUUCUUUAUUAUUAUCACAUGUCUGUUACAAACUUAUAGAAGAAGGAAUCUGUUUCUAAUAAUAACCUAUACAUAUUUUUAUUUUUUAUCAAUGCUGCAAUCCAUUUAAUUUUUAUUUCUUAUACUAUUAUUUCAAAAUAUAUUUUCCUAUAUUACUUUAAUUUUAUGAUAUUUAAUUCUUAAUAGAUGUUGAGAAGUAUAUUUUGAGUGGCAAUGUAUCACCAGGAAAACCAAAGGUCUAUACAGUCUCAGCUGGAUAGCUUCCUUAACUCAAGUUCCUAAGGCUGGAUAUAAUAAGUCUGUUCUUACCUUUAACCUUUCCUCUGGAGGAAGAGCAGACAUUGCAUUCUUUAGAUUACUAGAACACCUUAUGUUUAGAAAGGGAAUGUCUUACUAACAAUAAAAACAGUUAUAUUGC